CACACAAAACAACACACAAUGGUAAUGUAUUGAUGAAACACAAGAAACCCUAAACAACACAUCAGAUGUGGGAGGUGUGUAUGGUCUUAUAAAAGUGUUGGUAUAGGCCGUGAUUUCAGUCUAGUGCUUGAGAAGGACGUUCACACUAAAUUAGAUUUUCUUUUCAUCUAAAUCUAGCAUAAGUUUCUGUGGCAGGUCUUUUGUGUCUUUGAAUUAAUUUAAUGUUUAUGCCAUUUGAUGGUCCUUAAAUGCAAUUAUUGCGAGAUUACACCUAUUAUAUCUAAGUUGUUUAAUAGAAAUUUUAAUUGACUAUAUGUUAAAUUGAUAAUGAUUUAUUGAAAUGAAAAAGUAAAUGUAUGUAUUUGUUUAAUUACUUUUAUUGUAAUCAUACUGUAUAACUCAGUUUUGAUAUUGUUUUUAUAUUUUAAUAUAGGUGUGUACAUAGAUUUUUUAUCAGGUAAUUGUCUUUCCAGGGCCAUGUUUUUUACCAACUUCACUGAAUUCUACCUGCAGGGAUUUCCAGGACUCCAAGCGCAGUAUUAUGGAGCUGUGGGAACAUUUUUGUUUUUUGUCUACUUGACACUGGCAGGAGGAAAUAUCUUUAUUAUUUCUUUUAUUGUAUAUGAGAGAAGCCUUCAGAAACCAACGUAUUUAAUCUUCUGUAAUCUUGCAGUGUCGGAUCUUGUUUUUGGAACUGCAACUCUGCCUACGGCAUUUUCAAAAUACCUUUUCAAUGCAAACACUAUAUCGUUUUAUAGUUGCUUUGUGCAGGUAUUUUUUGUUCAUUAUUUAGGGAGUGUUAAUUCUUUUAUUAUGCUAUUAAUGGCCAUUGAUCGAUUUGUUGCUGUGCGCAACCCAUUUAGAUAUGUUGUUCUUAUUACAAAUAAAAAUAUCCUAAUGGCAUGUGCAGUGAUUUGGACAGUGCUAAUAGCUUUCUUGGUAGUCAUUGUUUACGAAACCUUUGAUGAACCCUACUGUGCUUCUAAUGUAAUAACCCACAAUUAUUGUGAGCAAAAUUCGGUAUCUAAACUAUCUUGUGGAGAUGUAAGGCAAAAGAGGUUUUUUACAUUUGUUAUUGCCAUGUUUGUUCUUUUAGGCCCUUUGACUUUUAUUAUAUUUUCAUUCAUUGCUAUCAUCACAGCAGUUUAUAAAAUUUCUGACAGUCAGGCUCGAUAUAAAACAUUCUCAACCUGCACUCCCCAACUUUUUAUUAUUUGUCUGUACUAUGUCCCCAGAUGUGUUGUCUAUGUGUAUGAUGUGACUGUAACAAUCUCUCCAGGUAUUCGGAUGCUAUUAAUUAUGUGCUACAGUCUGCUGCCACCUGUUGUCAAUCCAAUGAUAUACUGCUUCAGAACUAAAGAAAUCAAAGAUGCACUGAGGAGGAAAUUGAGACACAAAAAAAUCAGCAUGCAGAUGGCAAAGCUGUGGAGCGUAACCUAAAAUAUUUCAAUUGCUAUAGAGUGCAUUGUUUCCACUAUGCCCCGUUUAUGUCCUAUCCUUGUCAUUCUGCCUGUGAUCUGUAAUUCUGACUGUUAUGAUGUUAUCUCAUUUAAUCUGUUUAUUUCUUUGCUGGCAAAAAAGUAAGUGUGUUAUCUGUCGUUUUUUAACAU